UACCGUUCCUCCAUCUCUGGCAUACCAAGCUGUUACUCGUUUACGUUUCUAGUCCUCUGGUUGACAAAGCCUGCUCGUUUUCGUUCCUAUCAAGCUCUUUGUCUUAUCAAUUCUCUGCUCGUUGAACCUUUAAAGAUCAUCCUCCUCGUCAGUUGAACAAGAUGUUCAAAAUUAUUCUGGCGUAUAUCCAGUUCGCGGUCUUUAAAGUGCUUCACUUUAUCCGGGCCCAUGACAAGUACUUGAUCGUCAAGUCCUCUGCCUUCGCUCACCUUCCCCAGCCGAACAUGAAGCUCGAGUCGCCCGAGUGUGGACUUCCUGGUGGGGUCCUCCUGGACCAUCAUACGUACCUCGAUGGCGCCAAAGGUGGAAGGUUUCCGGAGCUUCACUGGAACUCGCCUCCUGCUGGUGAUGUCCAUGAAUUUGUUCUAAUUUGUGAGGACCCCGACGUGCCCAUCCCUUUCAUGGUCUUUGUGCAUGGACUUUUCUUCGGCAUUCCAUCAACUUGUUUUGUGGCAUACCACGACGACACGGAAAGAAACACCAACGUCUCGGGCCGCGUCACCUUUGCUGGUUGGAAGUACGUCCCGAAUCUCCUCGGAAGUUCUUAUGUCGGCGCCUGCCCUCCCUAUGGACACGGCUACCACCGCUACGUCUUCACGAUUGUGGCUUUGAGUGAGCCUCUUGGCCUCGCUCACCCCGACAAAGCCAGCGUGGCCUGCGUGAAGUGGGCUAUGGAAGGCAAGGUCAUCGGCUGGGGCCAGUGGGUUGGUCAGUUCAAGCGCCACCUGCCUCAGUAGCUCUGGUCUAUAUCACUCUUCGAUUCAAGCUGAUGCGCCAAGUGUUGGCACCUACAUGGAGGAAUCGGAUGUGAUGAUCACUCAUGUCUUUCUCUCAAUUUGUUGUCCUGGACU